GCGGCUCGGGACCGGGGCGCAGAGUCCGCGGACCCGGCGCCCAGGCGGCCACUGAGACGCGGCGCGCACGCUCCGGCCCGCGCCCGGCCUGGCCAUGGCGGCCCCCCGCCCGUCUCCCGCGAUCUCGGUCUCGGUCUCGGCGCCGGCUUUUUACGCCCCGCAGAAGAAGUUCGCCCCGGUGGUGGCUCCAAAGCCCAAAGUGAAUCCUUUCCGGCCCGGGGACAGCGAGCCUCUGCCGGCCGCCGGGGCCCAGCGCGCACAGAUGGGCCGGGUGGGCGAGAUCCCGCCGCCGCCCCCGGAAGACCUUCCCUUACCACCUCCUCCCCUCCUUGGGGAUGGUGAGGACACGGAGGACACCCUGGGAGGUGCCUUCCCGCCUCCCCCUCCCCCGAUUGAGGAGUCUUUUCCCCCUGCACCUCUGGAGGAGGAGAUCUUCCCCUCCCCACCGCCUCCACUGGCGGAGGAGGGGGGCCCUGAAGCUCCCAUCCCGCUCCCACCACAGCCCAGGGAGAAGGUGAGCAGUAUUGAUCUGGAGAUAGACUCUUUGUCCUCACUGCUGGAUGACAUGACCAGGAAUGAUCCCUUCAAAGCCCGGGUAUCAUCUGGAUAUGUACCCCCACCUGUCUCCACUCCAUUCAUUUCCAAGACCAGUACUAAGCCUGCAGCUGCGGGCACAGCACCCCUGCCUCCUUGGAAGGCCCCUUCUAGCUCCCAGCCUGUGUCCCAGGCUCAGGCUCAGCCUCUGAGCCAGGCACAGUUCCAUGUGCAGCCUCAACCCCAGCCCCAGGCCAAGCCUCAGGUCCAGCUCCAUGUCCAGUCCCAGCCCCAGCCCCAGACUGUGCCUUUGGCUAACAGUCAGCCUCGAGGUCCCCCAGCCCCACCUCCAGCCCCUAAGUUUUCUCCAGUGACUCCCAAGUUUACUCCUGUGGCUUCCAAGUUCAGCCCUAGAGCCCCAGGUGGACCCGGGCCACAGCCGAAUCCAAAGUUGGGGCCCCCUCAAGCUCCCUCUUCCACUGGCACAGGCUCCCCUCAGCCCCCCAGCUUCACCUAUGCUCAGCAGCGGGAGAAGCCCCGAGUGCAGGAGAAGCAGCACCCAGUGCCCACACCGGCUCAAAACCAAAACCAGGUGCGCUCCCCUGGGGCCCCAGGACCUCUGACUCUGAAGGAGGUGGAAGAGCUGGAGCAGCUGACCCAGCAGCUCAUGCAGGACAUGGAGCAUCCUCAGAGGCAGAACAUGGCCGUCAGUGAAUCCUGUGGCCGGUGUCACCAGCCCCUGGCGCGUGCGCAGCCCGCAGUUCGCGCUCUGGGACAGCUGUUCCACAUCACCUGCUUUACCUGCCACCAGUGUGAGCAGCAGCUGCAAGGACAGCAGUUCUACAGCGUGGAGGGGGCACCAUAUUGUGAGGGCUGCUACACUGACACCCUGGAGAAGUGCAACACCUGUGGGCAGCCCAUCACUGACCGCAUGCUGAGGGCCACGGGCAAAGCCUACCACCCUCAGUGCUUCACCUGCGUGGUCUGCGCCUGCCCCCUGGAGGGCACCUCCUUCAUUGUGGACCAGGCCAACCGGCCCCACUGCGUCCCUGACUACCACAAGCAGUACGCACCCCGGUGCUCUGUCUGUGCAGAGCCCAUCAUGCCUGAGCCUGGCCGGGAGGAGACGGUGCGAGUGGUUGCUCUGGACAAGAACUUCCACAUGAAGUGCUACAAGUGUGAGGACUGUGGGAAGGCUCUGUCCAUUGAGGCGGACGACAAUGGCUGCUUCCCCCUGGAUGGCCACGUGCUCUGCCGGAAGUGCCACACUGCCAGAACCCAGACCUGAGUGAGGACCGGCCCCUUCUUCACUGGGAGUUCAUUCUCCAUCAGUGGACCACCCACACUGAGACCACCCUGCUCCUCCACUGGCCCCGCCCCAGGUUAUUUUUUGUCUAGCCCCUCCCUCCAUUCCAAACACCACCCAGUAUCCCAAAUUCCCUGAUCCAGGGUCCCAACAGAACCCAGGAUGCAGAGUCCCGGUUCUGGGUUUCUAGUCCCCUCUCCCAUCCUGCAGGGACCUCUCACCACCCUUCAGGUACCCCACCUGAGGGUCGCCAGGUUGAGCGCUGCUGCUUUCACUGCUGCACAAAUGCCCUCAGCUGCGUGCGCCCCCCCUCUCCCCCCCACCUCUCCCCCAAGCCUCUACUCUGGUUGCUGAGGGCCGAGUCCCCUGAGCCCCGGGGAGGCUGGGCUGGGCUGGGCUGGGCUGGGCUGGGCUCACUGGCCUGGACGUUCCUACCUGCCCCCAUGCUGCCAGGUUGUGGCUACAGCUACAAAUAAAAAACCUUGUUUUCCAGAA